AGUCCCAGUCGGUCAGUUGUAGGAAAAAAUGGCGGACGUCGACUUGAACAUCGACAACCUCAUCCAAAGAUUAUUGGAAGUUCGAGGAUGCCGCCCCGGAAAAUCAGUUGUCAUGACAGAGGCCGAAGUCCGUGGCCUCUGUCUGAAAUCCCGAGAAAUUUUUCUCCAACAGCCGAUUCUUCUCGAGCUGGAGGCCCCUCUAAAAAUCUGCGGAGACAUCCAUGGACAGUAUACCGAUCUGUUGCGACUUUUUGAAUAUGGUGGAUUCCCUCCAGAGGCGAACUAUCUUUUCCUCGGUGAUUACGUCGACCGAGGAAAACAAUCACUGGAAACGAUAUGCCUCCUUCUCGCUUAUAAAAUCAAAUAUCCGGAAAACUUUUUCCUCCUAAGAGGCAAUCACGAGUGCGCCAGUAUAAACAGGAUAUAUGGAUUUUAUGACGAGUGCAAGCGCCGGUAUAAUAUCAAACUCUGGAAAACGUUCACCGACUGCUUUAACUGUUUGCCGAUUGCAGCCAUCAUUGACGAGAAGAUUUUCUGCUGCCAUGGUGGACUCAGCCCGGACCUCCAGGGAAUGGAACAAAUCAGAAGAAUUAUGCGACCAACCGAUGUUCCUGAUACGGGAUUACUUUGUGAUUUGCUCUGGUCUGAUCCUGACAAAGACGUACAGGGUUGGGGAGAAAAUGACAGGGGAGUUUCGUUCACUUUCGGGCCUGACGUAGUCUCAAAAUUCCUCCAUCGUCACGACAUGGAUCUCAUCUGCAGGGCGCACCAGGUCGUCGAAGACGGAUAUGAAUUCUUCGCGAAAAGACAGCUCGUCACUCUAUUUUCAGCCCCAAAUUACUGCGGUGAAUUCGACAACGCAGGAGGCAUGAUGAGCGUUGAUGAUACUUUAAUGUGCAGUUUUCAGAUUCUGAAACCGUCGGAAAAGAAGGCCAAGUAUCAAUACGCUGGAAUGAACACAGGCCAAGCGGGAAGGCCAUCCACGCCACAAAGGAAUCCAACAAAAAAAAAAUGACCACUUACGGCUGAUCCUGCAUAGCCUCACACACUGGCGUUUUAGCUGCGGAACGCCACGCUACUGAUCUAUACACACAGAAUAGAGAGAAACGUUCAUGCAAACGUAUGGAAUUACCUUUUUCUUAAUUACAAAACUUACUCGGUAAGGAGAUAAUAUGGAUUAACGCUUAAAGGAAUUUUGCAAGUUUCGUUUAUUUAUUGCCUGUUAGUAAAUUAAUUUUAAUUAGUAUUAAUACACUCGCAUUUCUGCUGAUUCAAUCAUCAUCGAGUGUUGAAAAUGCCAUUACAGAAUGAGUAGUAAUCAAGCAUCCACAGAGCAUUUGAUUCGGAAAAUCUUUUUGGCUUUUCGGUUAUUCUCAAAAAGGGAAAUUUAUCGAGAAGUUAAAUUGCGACAGAUCUUCAUUCAUGAACUUGAUAAUCGACAUUUAUUUACAGACAAGUAAUUAGAAUUUUCUUUUUAUUAUCUUGACGUGAACGCGAUCUCAAAGGACAAUUAUUAUUCUAUCAUAAAAUUCGAGAAAUGCUCUGUUGAUAUUUGAAAUUGUUAUUUGCCAGAAGGAGACGGAUAUCGUCAUCGUACUCAGUAUUUUAUCAUUAUCGAUCAUGCCGAAAAGCAUUUCGCCUCUCGAUAGUCGUAGACCUUUCAGUAUAUUUACACCUCCUUAUUUUCACCGAUAUUCUGCUCGCUUUGCGUUUCCUUUUUGUUUUUUUUUCUCUUUUUUUAAUUAGUUUUUUUGAAUAAGGUCGAUUUUUUUUACAUAAAAAAAAAGAAAAAAAAAGAGGUAGUGUUCAGUAUUGAGUGGUAUUUUUCUAAUUAGAAGAGCGCAGGCGAGUAGAUAGAUUCUCUCUUAUUCUAAAUAUAAUUGUAAGCAGUAAUAUUUUUUUACAGAUUUUUCAAAAAGUUUUGAAAGUUGUUUGCAUUUGCACUGUUGAAUUAAUCUACUUUUAAGGCAUUUACGUCUUCCGUUUGGUAAAUAAUCUGAUCAGUUCUACGUACUAUUAUUACGACUUUUCAUCGUCAUUUCUGUUAUCGCUAAAGUGCUUUAUUCCCGGCAAAACCAGCUCUGGUUGGAACAAAAAAAAGGAAGAAAAAA